AUGAAUGCUCCGUCUACACCACGGCACCCUGAACCGGACCAAGAGGUGGAAUUGACCGACCACGACAUACCAGAGGAUCUUGCCGAGGCUCUGGAUUUAUCAUCUGACUCUGAAGAGGCUGUGGGCAGCGAGAGCGUCGAAAUGGUACCAACAGCAACCACGGGAAGUAUUGACGAUUUCACCGACCUGGAUGCCACAAUUAAUAGGCCGUCGCCGGUCAAUCCGUUUGGACAGAACCGCGGACUCACUGCCUCGGAACCCCCGCGUCUCGUGCGCCGGCCGCCCCAGCGCCCGCGCAAGCUAAGCGGGGCGCAACAGAGCCGGCUGGUGGCGUAUAUGGACGCCAAGCUGCUGCAGAUCCAGCGGAUGUUUAUCAAGUAUCUUUCGCUGCGAAACGACGAUGAUGAGAACGAUGUCGAUGACGAGCAGGCCGAGAAGUCGCCGCUUGCCGAGAUCGACGCGUCGCCCCCACCACAGGCAGAGCCGGACGACGUUUACAAGUACACGCUGGACCGGCUGCUGGAGCAGGUCACAAGCGCCGUGCUACUGCUGUGGGUGUCGCUUUACGGGACAAAAGAGAUUCCAGCUAUUUACCAUUCAAAUUUAGCAGACUCAGAGCCCAAGGACGAGCUUCAGAUCGACCUGAUCGACCCGUCGACCGUCGCGGGACAGCCGGCGUACCUCAUCCGCAUCAUGGGCGACCUUGCGGACUACUUGGAAAAAUAUCGUCUUGACUCGUUCCAGGACUUCCAUUUGGUAUUGGAGCUGCUGGCCAAAAUUGACAAUUUCGCGAGUAUUCUAAUCGACCAGACAGAAAAGCCAAUUUUCAGCACCACCGACAAGGUUCGCAUGGACUCAAUUGUCCAGCGGACGAAAAUACUGAUGGUGGCCAAAUUCGAGGAGUUCCAGGCGGCCGUCGACGCGAGCGAGGCAGACGAGCGGGGCAAGCGCGGCGUGCACUCGGGAAGAGACCUGCUCCCGACGUACCAGCUGCUAGUGGGCGAGAUCUACGAGGGGAUCACGGACCGCACGUCGAUAUGAGCCACUGGUACGCGGAAGCAGUGUGCUGCUCCUCCUCGCACCACAGGUCCUCCAGUUUCUCCGCCAUUUUGCGCGCCAGCGGGUACUGUUGGUCCUGAGCGAGGAUAUGUAAUUCUUUGGAAAAAAAUUCACGGUGCGCCAUUUUCAGGGCAACGCAGCCUCCGAUCAGUAGCGGAAACAACAGCAGCGUGAGCGAGUUGCCCGACACUGCGCCAAGUUCCGCCACCAGCUGCUCGAGGUAGAACUGCACCACGGGGCUGUCAGCUUCUGUGGAGGCGUCCGCGAGCUUCAGAUACAAAAUCUCCUGCGCGUAGAAAAGAGCUUUGCACACGGCCAGGUUCCGCUGGGUUUGACGCUGGCCGGGCGUGAGGUCCUGGAGCGGAAUCUGAAUCUCCAGCGUCUGGAUGGCCGUCCACGUAAGCGUCAUUUUGUGUUUCACUGGGGCGAGCAGUUUAGUGGUUUUCGCGUCGGCGAGCUUUGCUAGUGUCUCGAGCGACUCCAGCAGAAGCGCGCGCUGUUGCCCGACGUGCCAGUCGCACGCAAAUGGCACGUCCACAAGUGAGAUGAAGUUGAAGCUGUGCUGGUAGAAUUCGUACGGCGAGGGCAGCUUGGAGGUGUUGCAGAAAAACAGCGCAACGGGGAAAUUCCGCACAAAGACGUUGAGCACGGUAUGGCUGUCGGGCAACGCUGCAAGCGCCCCGAGCGUCUGGGCGUCGAGCAGCUCGCGCAAGCUGGUUUCGAGCGCGUGCAGCGUGUGGAUGGCGACGAUGAUCCACGAGAAGGGCGGGGCGUUUUCCACCAGCAUGUCGAGCGCAGGCUCGGAGGUCAGAAUGUCGAAGCGCGGAGCAAUUUUGCGAUCCUGGUGCUUGUACGAAUCAAGCUCGAACACAAAGCACAUGUGCGAGGGGAUCGGGUACUCGCUGGGGUCUUGGGGAUCGGGCUGGGGCAGCUGUGGCGGCGACGAUGCGGCUUUAAUCUCGUAGUUCCUGGGCAGCGCAGCACCUCGUUUUUCGGGCCACGAGCAGUGCAAGAAGUUGCGCGAGCAGCCCGAACACACGGGAUACCGCUCGUCGCACUUCUUCUUGCGCUUUCGGCAGGUGAAACAACC